AUGGGGCCAGCCAAUAAAUCCCAAACAUCUCCAGACACUUUCUUGCUGAUGGGCAUCCCAGGGCUAGAGCACCUGCAUGUCUGGAUUGGGAUUCCCUUCUGCUCCAUGUAUGUGGUGGCUGUGGUGGGGAAUAUGACCAUUCUGGCCGUGGUGAGGACAGAGCGAAGCCUCCACAAGCCUAUGUUUCUCUUUCUGUGCAUGCUCUCAGUCACUGACCUGGUCCUCUCCACGUCUACACUGCCUCGCAUGCUCUGUCUCUUCUGGCUUGGAGCCCAGGACAUUGCCUUUGAUGCCUGCCUGACCCAAAUGUUCUUCAUUCAUAGUUUUACUGCUAUGGAAUCAGGCUUCUUUUUGUCCAUGGCCAUUGACCGCUAUGUGGCCAUUUGCCAUCCACUGCACCACACCACCAUUCUCACCCACACUCGCAUCGCUAAAAUGGGAGCUUCUGUGGUACUACGGGGAGUGGCCUUCUUUUCCCCACAUCCUAUCCUGCUCAGACAGCUGCCCUACUGCAGGACUCGAAUCAUUGCCCACACCUACUGUGAGUUCAUGGCUGUGGUGAAGCUGGCGUGUGUGGACACAGGGCCCACCAAGCGUUACAGCCUCAGUAUGGCCUUUGUCAUUGGUUCCUGUGAUGGGUUAUUCAUUGCUGUGUCUUAUGUCCUAAUCCUUCGUGCAGUCUUUCGUCUUCCAUCGCGGGAAGCAAGUCUUAAAGCCCUAGGCACUUGUGGCUCCCAUGUCUGCGUCAUUCUCGUUUUCUACUCCACAGCUGUCUUUACCUUCCUCACUCACCGUUUUGGCCACAGUGUGGCCCCCCAAAUUCAUAUCUUCAUUGCCAAUGUAUACCUUCUGGUACCACCUUUUCUUAACCCCAUUGUUUAUGGUAUAAGGACCAAGAAAAUUCGAGACCAUGUUCUUAGUUCUCUAAUGGUAAAGGUUGCUUGAUUAUACUGAAAUUGUUUACACAGAUGGUAUAAGAAUAAGGAGGGAAGAAUAUAAAUCACUUAUCCCUU